AUGACCUCGUACGAGUCCCUCACGUGGCGCCAGGCCUCACCGGGCAUCUGGCAGCGCGGCAUUGACGAGAUUGAGGAACCAGCUAGCCUCUUGACGGCUUGCAAAGCCCGCCCAGUGUCACACCCACGCACGUCUUCCACGCUGCUGCGGCCGUGGUCGAUCGUGACCUGCAGCCCGUGUCUGAGAGCGCCGAGGCGCGUCCGCUACAUCAACUACAUCCUCCGCAACGAGCGCGCCGGCUGCGCUGAGCCGUUUGGCACCAGCAAGCACCCUGCAGCUCUGUAUCACUCUGUUUCGGGCCAGAGCCUCGUUGUUGAUAUGGAUAUCACGCCCGGCAAAGCCGACGCCGCGACGCGCAAAGAAGAGUUUCAUUCCAUCGUGCGUCACAUGAGUGAAUUUUAUAAUGAGGUUCGCAACGACAGCGAACAUGCCGCGUUGGUGCCGGACCUCUGGGCCAUGGGAACGCCAGAGCUGCCCCUGGUGCCUCGGCCGCUGCCAGUACCCGCACCCAACAGCCACCCGUCCGUGUCCAUUUCCAGCAUGGGCCGCGUCGACACGAUUGUAUCGCCCAGGACGGGCGCCUUUGACGUGCUCGAUGCCUGGGUCACCGGCGAGGAGCUUGGAACGGGGCUGGGCAUAUUCCUGGGUUCAUUCAAGGGACGCUUGUGCGUGAGUGCUGCGUAUAACGACGCAUGGCACAAUGAGGCGGGCGUGUCAGACUUUCUGCAGCGCGCCAAGGAUGUCGUGUGGGCGGGGAUGGAUCUGGGAGUGUAG